AUCAAUGGAAGAAAGUGUGAAUGUUACUGUAAACCGAACACCUAUGGAAAAGCCUGUCAAUAUGGGUCCCUGGCAGAAGAAAGUCCAGGAGUUGUUCAUGGUAGCUGGAGCUGCUGGUCAUCCUGGAGCAUCUGUCGAGGAACCUCAGGAAGAAGAGUCCGGAACCGGGUUUGUAACAAUCCAGCACCCAGUGGAGGAGGAAAGAAACUGUAUUGGAGACUCGAUAGAAAGUCAAAAGUGUGAGGAGGAUGAGCUGGAGCACUUACGAACUGUGGAGCCUCACUGCUUUGACAUUAACAUUUUACCUACUGAGUUCUGCCCUCCUCCUCCCACUCUGUGGAAUGGCUAUGUCUUGGAUGAUGACAAUUCGUACUUUGCUGGCAAACGUAUUGUGUACACGUGCAAUAGUGGGUACACACUUGUGGGUGAGGCUGUUGCUGAAUGUAAAGAAGACCUCUCGUGGCAAGUCAAUGCCAUGAAAUGCCAAAGACUUCUGUGUUCUUUGCCUCAGCUCCCAAGUGGCAUCACGGUUGCCCCGGAGAAGGAUUCCUACCAGGUUGGAGAUAAAAUAAAA